AUGAAAUUCAAGACAAUCAGAUGUUGUCGUUUCAUCCUGUCCUGCUUCCUGGCACUUGCCGCUGCCAAACCCGGCGUUCUGCCCGUAGCAUACACUGCCCCAUUAGCAGCGUACACUGCACCCGUCGCGGCGGCCUACACAGCGCCCGUGGCGUACUCAGCGUACACAGCACCAGUGGCCGCGUACUCUGCGUACACUUACGCCUCACCCUACGCCGCUUACUACUAUCGC